AUGGAUGUGGAUGUAAUUAAUUCAGAGAGACUUUCCGUGGCCGUUCAAACACGAAGUUGCGAGAAACCUCAAUUUUCUGCUCUUUCCGCUGGUGAAGCGAAGUCGGGGCUCAAAUUUGAGAUCAACCGCAUUCCGGUUCCUGCACAUCGUUAUACCCCUUUAAAAAAAAAUUGGUCAAAGUUAUACGAACCUCUAGUUACACAUUUAAAGCUUCAAGUGCGUAUGAAUCUUAGGAAGAAAUGCGUUGAAGUGAGAAAUUCUGCUUAUACGAAGGAUAUUGGCCAUCUUCAGAGAGCAACAGACUUUAUUAACGCCUUUAUGAUGGGUUUCGAUGUGAAUGAUGCAGUUGCUAUGCUACGUUUAGAUGAUCUUUACAUCGACACUUUUGACAUAUGCGAUGUCAAAACUUUGAGAGGCGAUCAUUUAUCUCGAACUAUAGGACGUAUCUCUGGGAAAGACGGAAGAACUAAAUAUGCUAUUGAAAACUCUACCCGUACGAGGAUUGUUUUGGCCGAUAGCACAAUACACAUAUUGGGCUCUUUUCAAAAUAUAAGAAUUGCAAAAGACGCCAUUUGUGAUUUAAUUCUCGGCAGUCCUCCAGGAAAAGUUUAUGGAAAUUUAAAAAUUGCAGCUAGCAGAAUGCAUAGUCAUUUCUAGUGGUGGGUAUAUGCAAGUUCUACUUUAAGUUUGUAACUUUUUCUUUAGGGUAGU